AUGCCCCUCAGAGAAGGUCAACAAGCGACACAAGACGGACAAGAAAAGCUUCUCGUUUUCCUUGUUUGUAUUGAUACCAUGAUCUCCACCAUGCACGCUAUCGGCAAAGGUACAGCCGACAAACCCAAGACGGUUGAUCACAUCUGGAACCAUCUCGGCCUUUUUUAUGCCAGUAUAUCACUUUGGAAAAAGGAGUUCGAGGAACAUAAGACUUUCCCCAAAACUAAAGCGGACGAAUCCGAUCUGAAAACAAUUGGCAUAGCCUUGGAAGAAUUGAAGACGACAAUCCUCGAGGCCCAACCAAAUCUGAACUUAGAGAAAACGGAAUGGGAAAUCGCAACUGUCUCGGCCCUAUGGCUCCUCAUCGACUUGCAUUACCACAGCCUACAACUACGUUCCACAGCUCUUGGUACAGCUCGUUUAGGUGCCUUCCAAGCAAAAGUGCUCGAGAAGCUGAAGCUAAAAUUACCCGAACGGCGGAAAGUCAAGUUCAACCCAAGCACAGGCCUUCCUGCCACCAUUUUCGUAUGUGCUGCCGAGGAAGGAAUGGUGUGGGGGGAAUGCAAGAUGCGAUGGUCCCCGUUUGAGUCUGUCAGCAACGCCUUCGGCAAAUUGCGUCUUGACCGUCUUGUUGGGGGUCUAGACAGCGAGUUGGACGACAAAACGAAUACACUGGGCGCCCUUUUGGCAGGACAGCAAAAAUAUCGUUCACAACCCUGA